UCUCCCACUCUCUCAACAUUUCCCAUUUCUCCUCUCCCCCAGCCUCACAUCCUCCCAUCAUUUUCUCUUCUCCUUCUCCAUCAUCUUCAUCUUCAUCUUCUUUGUACAUGUAGUACAGUUAGGGUUAGGGUUUUCUGUUUGUGCAAUACUAGUUCUAGGGUUUUUUUUGUUUGUUUCUAAAAUUUUUUCGACUACAGUACGAAUCCGUUCUUGUAUACCAUUUUAAUUCUUGUAAUAGUUUGAAUCGGAUGUUUAUUUGAUUUUUGUAAUGAGUGAGUGCUUAGAGAUUUAGGGAUUUUGGAUUCCCUUUUUUUUUUUCCCUUUUUUUUUUGUUAAAUUAUUUGCAUGUUUGUCGAGAUGGAGAAUCCUCGUAGGCCGUUUGAUAGAUCCAGGGAACCUGGCCUAAAGAAGCCGCGAUUACUCGACGACCCUGGUCCUAACCCUAAUGGUCGGCCCUUUGCACAGAGGCCGGUUGGUUCGGUACCGGCGGCGGUGAGGUUCAGGGGUGCUGAUUUGGAAAGCAAUGACCCCAGCCGUGGCGGGGCGUACGAGCCACAGCCACCUCCUCAGCAGCAGCAUCACGAGCUUGUUAGCCAGUACAAGACUGCUAUUGCGGAGCUGACAUUCAAUUCGAAGCCGAUAAUUACUAAUUUGACAAUAAUCGCUGGGGAGAAUCUUUUUGCUGCCAAAUCCAUUGCUGCCAUUGUCUGCGCCAACAUUCUUGAGGUUCCGAGCGACCAAAAGCUGCCAUCACUCUAUCUUUUAGACAGUAUUGUGAAGAAUAUUGGGAGAGAUUACAUAAAAUAUUUUGCAGCCAGACUACCUGAGGUAUUCUGCAAAGCUUAUAGGCAGGUUGAUCCCUCUGUGCAUCAAAGCAUGCGGCAUCUUUUUGGAACAUGGAAAGGAGUUUUCCCUCCACAGCCACUCCAAUUUAUUGAGAAGGAACUUGGCUUUGCUUCAACAACAAAUGGUUCGUCAUCAGGGGCUGCAACAUCUAGAUCUGAUGCACAGUCACAGCGGCCACCACAUAGCAUUCAUGUAAAUCCUAAGUACCUAGAAAGGCAGCGUCUUCAGCAGUCCAGCAGGGCAAAAGGAAUCCUUAAUGACAUUUCUGGAGCCAUGACUGAUGUAAAGGAAGAUGCUGAAAGGUCAGGUCGAGCAGCCAUUAUUUCUACUGGAAGGCCAUGGAUGGAUCCUUCUGACAAAAUGAAUAGCCUUCAGCAUUCUCAUAGAGAUGCACUAAGUGGGUCUCUUCAUGAGAAGAGCAUUACUGCUGCAUAUGGAGACUAUGAGUAUGGUUCAGAUCUUUCUCAGAAUUCUGGCUUGGGUAUUGGAAGAAAUGGUGGCAGGAUUACUGAUCAAGGACAGGAUAGACCUUGGUAUGGCACUGGAAGUAGUGUUCAAGAGACAAUGUCCAGUCAAAGGAAUGGUGUCGAUGUCAAGCCUGGAUUGCAAAAUUCCUCAGUGUCCAAACCUGUAAAUGCUGAUCCUCGUUUACGUGCAGCUCAAAACAUUGCAAAUAGAAGCAAUGGCGGAUCGCCUACUAGCUGGAAAAACUCUGAGGAGGAAGAGUUCAUGUGGGAUAUGCAUUCAAGAUUGUCAGAUCAAGAUGUAUCCAUUAUCUCUAGUAACUCUAGGAAAGAAAGCUGGAUGCCUGAUGAAGCAGAAAAAUUGGAGUUUGGAAAUCACCUCAACAAAACAAAAAGUAUUCAUGAAAGAGAAGCUUCUGCUGAUUCACAACUAACUGAGCGGAAUGACCAAAAUUCUUAUGGAUCCUGGAUGUCACCUUCAUGUUCUCUGCAGGAGUCCCACAAUGUGGAUAGAUCAAUUCAUGCUGCAGUAUCUACUAUUAAUUCUGUUAAUCCAGAGAGCUAUUCUGCCACUAUUAGCAGGUUGACAACAAGUACAGGUUCCUCUCUAGCCAGAAGGGGAGUUCGACAACAAUUUGGUUUAUCCCAAGUUGAUAACUCUGGCUUUAAUGUUUUAGCAAGUUCAUCACCACCCAGACAGUCUCCCAUGCACCAACGUUCUCCUUCACCUUCCUUUCCAGCUCGCCAUCCCCAUCAACAAACACAGAAUUUGGUGGAGGAAGACUAUCCACAAGCUCGCUCCUUGUCUCAGCCUGACUCUAAACCUUCUCAGUUUUCAGGGCAUUUGAAUACCCGAUCUCACAAUCGUUCUGCUAUUCAGGCUUCAUCUGCUUCAUUGCCAUCUUUUCAAUCAAGCCAGCAUGUUUCACAGUCUCUACAGUCAGAUUAUUUGAAGGCUGAGCAUUCUGGUGAGACACAAAAAACACGGUUACCUCCAAUCUCUAGAUUUGGAGCAUCCUCAAAACUGGGAAAUAUGUCAGAUCAUUUAGAUCCUCAUGCUGUUGAAAUUUCAGGAUUGUCUGGCACAAGUAGUUUGUUGGCUGCUGUCAUGAAUAGUGGAAUCCUCUCUAAAAAUGCGAUCACCAGCAGCCAACCUAAUCAGAGUGUUUUUGAUUUGAAGCAAAUGCCAUCACAACCGUUCUCCCAUCCUUCUUUGCCAAGUGGACCACCCCCAACUCUCCCUGCAGCCUCAGGGGCAGGGGGGGAUUCUAAAGCAUUAUCAAACCCUGCUUCUAAUGAUGUAGUUUCAGUUGCUACAAAUAUUUCUCAGGGAAAAGGUGAACAGCCACCUUUGCCACCUGGUCGACCACCUUCAUCAGCACAACCUGCAGUCAAAAGUAAGGCCUUAAACCCAAUUUCAAACCUUUUGAGCUCUUUAGUUUCCAAAGGUUUGAUAUCUGCCUCAAAGACAGAGUCUCAAUCUGUCCCACCACUGCAGAUGCCUACUCAAUUGCAGGACAAGAGCCCAGGCAUCUCUACCAGUUGCUCUCUGCCAGUUUCUUUAGUUUCAGUUUCUUCAGAUACUCCCUGUUCCUCCACCAAAGAUGAUGUAGUGUUGACUGAACCAGCUGCCAAUAGUUCUUCUAGCUUGUCACAGUCCUCCACAAUCGACAUGGAAAAUCUCAUAGGACUGGAGUUCAGACCAGAAGUUAUACGAGAGUUUCAUUCAUCUGUGGUCAAUGCAUUAUUGGAUGACCUCCCCCAUCAGUGCAGUUUAUGUGCUCUUCGACUUAAACUCAAGGAACAGCUGGAUAGACACUUAGAGUGGCAUGCUAUGAGAAAUCCAAAUGCAGAUGAAGUGAUUGGGCCGUUGAGAAGAUGGUAUGCAAGCUCAGGAGACUGGAUUGCUGGAAAGCCUGGACAAUUAAAAUUUGAACCUGCUGGUUGUGUACUCCAAUCUCAAAAGACAAUGGAGAAGGGUGAGCCGAUGGUCCCUGCAGAUGAAAAUCAGUGUGCAUGUAUUUUAUGUGGUGAGUUGUUUGAAGAUUAUUUUAGUCAAGAAAGGGGUGAGUGGAUGUUUAAUGGGGCAGUUUACAUGACAAUCCCAACCAAGGAUGGUGAUGUAGGGACUUUGGAUGAGAGUGCUGCCAAGGGUCCUAUUGUUCAUUCAAAUUGUAUAUCAGAAAGUUCGUUGCAUGAUCUGGGACUGGCCACUGGUGUUAAAACGGAAAAGGAUGUAUGAUGCUUUUAAGCUGAAGGUGAAGCCGUCUGGAGCAGGUACCAAUAUAGAAGCCAAAAGAGAAAUCAAAGUUUUCUUUUCAUGGCUUAAUUGUCCAUGACCCUGUGCCUCCUAAUUUUGUUGUGCCUUGAAAUGUUGCUGAGAGCUGUUUGCUAGAUAUUCUUGCCUUUUUUUUUUUUUACAUAUAAAAAAAGAAAAGAAAAGAAAAGAAAAAAACUCAUCAUUUUCUGAAAUUAUAGCCUGAUAAAAUAGAUAUAAAUGCCAUAUGGUUGCCUCAAUUUUCUUCACUGAUGCAGACUUAUGUGUUCUUUAUAUUCUGAUGUUGAUUUUAGCAAAGCAAGUUUGCACUUGAUAACGUAAGGGAGAGCACCCUGCCCGUAUCCAUUCAGCUUCACAAUUGGUGGAUGGCAAGCCCAUGUAUGACUGAAUUUUAAUCAAGACAAGACUUUCCAUUUUACCACAUUUUUCCCUAUUGUAGUUUUCGCACUGCCUGUUUGGCGGGAGCCUGUGUUUAGGCUUUGAUAAUAGUUAAGCACGUUUUCUAUAGUUGCAGUGGUUAAGCAAAACAGCAUGUCUUCUUGAUUGCCAGACUGAUGAAUUCUUUCAAGUGGUAUUGUUACUUUAUCAUUUCUCAGGAUAUAUUGUUUAAGCGUGUUUUCUAUCCUUGUGUUCCUAAGCCAAAUAUUGUGCUCGAACUAUUCCUCUUGUAACAAUUAGAAGGCCGUAUUUUACUCCUUUCUCUGCCCUUUCGGUUGCCUUAUGAAAGAGUUGUGUUUCAGUGUUAUAUUUGAUUCACUUAAGAGGCUUGUGCUCUUAGAGAUCUCAAGUGCAUACUGCCAGUCUUUUAACUCUUUUCUACUUACAUUCCUUUUCUUUGGUUCGGAUAAUCAAUUGUCUACAGGAUC